CAGUAUUACUCACUUCAGAGGGGCCUUAGCGCACAGUCCAUGGUUUGCACCACGACUAUCGACACUGUGUGCUUAUACUGAAGAUUUAACAAAUGGUUUUACAAUCUAUAUACCUACAUUAUAGUUUUCAUUUAUUAGCAAGGAUUUUAUAAUGAGCUGAUGAUGCAAUCAUAUUGUUCAUUUGAAUUUUAAUCGGGUGAUUUAUACGAAUAGUUAAAUAGAGUUAAGAAUAUUCUUAAAAAUGAAAAAUAAAGAUAAAUCUAAUCAAAAUACGGUGAAGGAGCGACGUGAUUGGCGGGAGAGGUCUGAGCCGCUACUCUCCGUGCCUGAGGAUGAAAGUGAACAAUCUCCGCAUUCACUGCCACGAUUGAGCGUCAUUCUACCUGCUAGCACUUCCUCCAGCAUCGAUGACAUCCCGCCACGGCCGCCUUCAAGACGAGCACUCUCACAGGGAGACGAGUCAAUGACAGUAGUAUUAUCAGCGUUUUAUGCGAAAUUAUUAAUAGUUUUAGGAGUAGCGUUCCCUGUGACCAGCACUAUACAAAAUGAACUUAACACAAACAUUACAUCUGAUGUAUUCACAAUGUAUCUAUACGUAGUCAGUAUGGCGUUCCUUGCUUACACUUUUUAUCACCUUAGGAUGGCGAAAAAGGAUAAAAACGAAAAAGCAAGGCGUACACGAUAUGGCAGUUUUUAUCUUCAUAUGGGGGUGGCUGGGUUUAGUGUGGGCUCCAUCAUCUAUUCGUGCCUACAGUUUGGUGGAUACUUUGACCUCACUGGCGACUGCCAACUAAUCAUUGUUGCCAUCAAACCAACAUUUCGCGUACUGUUCAUGGUCGCCCAGACGGUGUUUAUCUUCUCAUAUACAGAUAUCCUGGAUCCAAUGAGAGGCGUAGUAAUAGACAAAUUUGGAUUGAUGCAUUUGAUUGCAACAAAUGUAUGUGAAUGGUUCAACGUUGUUAUCCAAGAAACAAGAGACGACAUAGUCGCUGUGGCGUAUGAUAGACCGACACUUUUUCGGUACGCUAACAUAAGCGGGGCAUAUAAAACUGUAGUAAUAACAGAUGAACUGGAUAAUGUAACUUUUAUUGAAAAACCUAGAGGUCAGAAUCCAAAAAAUGGCAUGGAAUUCAUAAAUGUGUCAAUGCAGAAACAGAAUUGGAGCUGUAAUGUCUCUGAUAUGAUUACACCAUUAAUAAGGAGCGUCAAUCCUUACUUAAGGUCGUGUGGUGUGGAGUACAGCCUUUUGUGUUCCAUCAUUAUCAUCGUCAUAUGGAACGAUAUAUGCACUGUUCCUGGAUCAAAAUGGCUAAAAGGACCUCCUAAUGCAGUUUUAAACAAAGAAGUACAGCAAUGUUGUGAACGUAUAAAAUCAAACAACCAUUUCUCAGUGGACUGCGGGAGUGCCCAUAGGGGGCUUUUUGCGGGAGUCGUAGUACUAGCUGGCACCAUAGUUAGUCUUAUGCUUUUUAAUGGUCUUUUUCAAAAGGAAAAACAUGUGGAACUAGCACUACUACAGAUAAAUAUUUGGGAGACAAUACUGUUUGUAUUAAUGACAGUAGGAUCCGGUGCAUGUCUUCAGCGCAUACGCACGCUCCCACUAAAACGAACUGUAUCUGCAUUGCCUUUAGAACAUGCUUUACUACUGGUCACUCAAUUCGGCGUUUAUUUAUACUAUUUGUUUCAAAUUAUUGGUGUUGGUUUUCUGGUGCAUAAAUACUCGGUAGAGAGGCGAGCUACUCGGAUUUUAGUGCCUCUAUGUGCAGUAAUACAAUGUUCCUGUCAGACCCUGCUGAUAUUAGACGCAUGGUCUCGUAGAUGUGAAGAAACAACAGGCCGCCGCCCAGGACGCCAACUAGUGACUUUCCUUCUCGUUGGAAAUUUUGCUCUAUGGCUUCUAAACCGAGUCAAAAACGCUAGAGCGGAAUUUCAUCCACUGCAGAUGGAAUUUUUUGGCGUCUGGGCAUGGACAUUAAUCACACACGUAUCCGUACCACUUCUCGUUUGCUACAGAUUUCAAGCUACUGUGUGUUUUUAUGAAAUUUGGAAAAAUUCAUAUAAAAGAAAAAAAUAUAACAAUGAUAUUAGCCUAGAGGAGCAAGAUUUUGAAUUAAAAAAUCACGUAGCAUAAAUAAAAAUGUAAUACACAUAUUUA